AUGGAUCCAGGACUAUCCUCAUCCAGCAACGUCUCUCCAGGGCCUGGGCCGCAAAGCAAUCGAAAAGAACGCGGUGCCAUUGCAGCGCAGGCUUGUGAGACGUGUCGCAACCGAAAACAAAGAUGUGAUGAACAAAGACCAAAGUGUGGCACAUGCCAGAGAUUCAAGCUCGACUGCCGAUACCGAGAACCCCAACCAACAAAGAAGGAUAAGACUCUGGUUGAGAUUCUAGACCGACUCAAGACUGUCGAAAGUAAGCUUGACAACCUGGGUCAAAGGGAAAAUACGACUCCUCCCCUCUUCACCACCCCUCAACCUCCAGCCGUUUAUUCCACCAACACGCCGUUACUGGUGGAUCCCGACUCCCACGAUCCUCUUCCAGGCACAUCCUUACCUAACCAUCCUACAAGUCCAUCGCCCAACCGCGAUACAGGCGGCUUUCGCUAUGACUCGUCUGUGUCUAAGAUGUCAGAAUGGCCCGUUGUGCGCCAGAUGUUCGAAAGCCUUGGCCAGAAGGCUCCAUCCGCCAUGGGUGAGAUUCCUGCACUUCCGAGAGGACUUCGCGCCUCAAACGUUACCCUGCCACCCGAUGGACUGCAGCCGGUCGGAAUCCCAAGUAACAGCACCCUGCAGAUACCCCUGCAUCUCUCAGGCUCUACCUCGACCCUCAACCUUAGCCCCCCAAGUGUGGACUGGGAGACCAUGCAAAGACUUAGCAAGGCUUAUUUCGACGUCAUCAACAUGCUUCAUCCUAUCUUGGACAGACAGUGGUUCAACUCAAACGUACUGAGUUCAAUCAUCAAUAAUGGAUUUCAAGAAGGAGCACUUUCAUCCCUUGUACUACUUGUCUUUGCCCUUGGAGAGGUGGCGCUCACCACAUCAGAAGUUCCAAUCUCGGCUUACAAGCAGCGACCAUCUGGAAUCAAAGGAGGAACUAUCGAUCGGCCACCUGGUCUUGCUUAUUUCAAUGAGGCACGGAAAAGGAUGGGGUUUGGAAUAAGCGAAGUCAGCCUCGAAAACGUGCAGAUGUUGGCACUUGCCUCGCUCUACUACUCAAGCUGCGGACAAGCUCUAGUCGGUACCUCUGCCUAG